AUGUGCAGCAACGCACUAGCAAUGAUCAAGAACAUGACUGAUACCGACAUAGCCAAUUUCGAGCUAAAAGCCAAAUCCUUCUCAAACAACCGUAACCUCAAGGAAGAGGAUACUACAAUGGCCGUAGAUAUUGCCGGUGCCGGAGAAGCACACGCAGAUGGGUGGCCAAGUUGGUUAUCCCCGGGAGAUAGGAGGCUUCUUCAAGGGACUAGAGUGAGAGCCGAUGCAACUGUGGCAGCUGACGGCAGCGGUAAAUUCAAGACUAUUGCGGCUGCGGUUGCGGCUGCCCCGGAUAAUAGUAAGAGUAGGUAUGUGAUACAUAUAAAAGCAGGUGUUUAUAGAGAGAAUGUGGAAGUGUCUAAGAAGAAAAAGAAUAUAAUGUUUAUGGGAGAUGGUCGGACAAGAACUAUUAUUACCGGAAAUAGAAAUGUUGUUGACGGUAGCACCACGUUUCACUCCGCCACCGUUGCUGCUGUCGGGGAGAGAUUUCUAGCGCGGGACAUCACUUUCCAAAACACGGCUGGUCCGUCGAAGCACCAAGCGGUGGCUCUCCGCGUCGGUUCAGACUUCUCCGCAUUUUACCAAUGCGACAUGUUAGCUUACCAAGACACUCUCUACGUCCACUCCAACCGUCAGUUCUUCGUCAAGUGCCUCAUCGCCGGAACCGUCGACUUCAUCUUCGGAAACGCCGCCGUCGUUCUCCAAGACUGCGACAUCCACGCUCGCCGACCAAACUCCGGCCAGAAAAACAUGGUCACAGCCCAAGGAAGGACCGAUCCUAACCAAAACACUGGGAUCGUUAUCCAAAAAUGUAGGAUCGGUGCCACGUCGGAUUUGCAGGGCGUGAAAGGUAGUUUUCCGACGUAUCUUGGUCGGCCGUGGAAAGAGUACUCACAGACGGUGAUCAUGCAGUCGGAUAUAUCCGACGUGAUCCGACCCGAAGGGUGGUCUGAGUGGACAGGGACUUUUGCGUUGAACACUUUGACUUAUAGAGAGUAUGCGAAUAGAGGAGCAGGGGCUGGAACUUCAAGGAGAGUGAAGUGGAGGGGCUUUAAGGUAAUUACGGCGGCUGGUGAAGCUCAGAGAUAUACUGCUGGUCAGUUUAUCGGUGGUGGAGGGUGGUUAGGUUCAACCGGUUUCCCAUUCUCGCUAGGUCUUUGA